AGUGAUAAUAAACCUUUUGUUUCGGUUUCAAUUUUCUUUGUGGUAAAAAAUAUAACAGAAUAUUUUAUUAAGUUUAUAAAAUCGUUCCAACAUUUUUCAUCAAAAUGCAUACAACGUCUAUUAAACAUAUUAUAUAUGGAUUUAACUUUAUAUUUGUGAUCACAGGAAUUAUUAUGGUGGCUGUGGGGGCAUCCGUAAAAUCACAUUACUACCCUUAUUAUACGUUUCUAGAUGACAGAUAUUUCUCACUACCGAACAUGCUGAUUGCGACAGGUUCAUUGAUUUUUUUUAUUUCGAUACUAGGAUGCUAUGGGGCAAUGAGGGAGAGUUGGAUUACGUUAACGGCAUUUUCAAUUUUGCUAAUAAUAAUAUUUAUAUUUGAAUUAUCGGUGAGUAUAGCUGGGUAUGUACUAAAUGAUAAAACUUCAACUUACAUAGAGGCUACAUUACUUACGAAUAUGAACCAGUAUGGCAAAUCAAAUGAGAUUAGCAAUAUGUGGGAUAUAAUUCAGGAAGAGUUCCAAUGUUGUGGAGUUCAGAAUUAUACUGAUUGGAAUAAUGCUUUUGAGAAUAAUUCACUGCCUAUAUCAUGCUGUAGUCCACUUAACGGUGUUGUGGGAGCAUUUUAUUGCAAUUCAGUCGUACAAAACGUCACAACGACACCAGAACCAGCAACAACAUCACCUACUCCAAACGACACAACUGAAGCAUCUACAACAAUUGAAUCAAAACCCGAUUCAAAUCCUGCAAAAUUAGAGAAUAAUAAUGAUAAUAAUACAACAUAUCCUGCGUCCACGUCUCCACCAUAUUCUUCUGGAUGUCAUUCAUUAUUUUCGGAUUUUAUAAAAAGUCACGCCGCUACCAUUGGUGCUGUAGGUAUUUCAUUAGCUGUUAUACAGCUUUUUGGGAUUUUCCUGUCUUUCUAUUUGGCUCGACAAUUAAAGAACAGUUACUACAGUACGUAAUCAUCAA